GUUGCAGACGAGGACAUGCAGGCAGACAGAGGUACUGAACUGGGCCUAAGUCUGCCUGGCUCCCUGGUGCCUGGGUCGACUAGAAUCCUGGUCUUGACAAGGCCUGCCUUUGUCUUUGUCUCCCCCAACACUCAGAAAAGUCUUGCAACGGAGACAAAAGCAUGCCCAACUCCCACAGAACAUUUCAGUCCUAACCAGCCCAGCUCCCUGACACUGUUAGAUAAGAUUUUCUUUUUGCAAGGUCAUUCACAAAACCAUCAUAAUAACUCCUGGAUCCUAUCUCAAAACACCAGAGACUCUCAAAUCUAUGGAAUACCUCGAUACCGUGAAAACCCCAAGCCCAGAGUCAUGGCAACCAAACCCAAGCUCUUCUACUUCCGUGGCAGGGGCAGGAUGGAGUCUAUCCGCUGGCUGUUGGCUGCAGCUGGAGUGGAGUUUGAAGAAGAAUUUAUUGAAACAACAGAACAAUAUGAGAAGUUGCUGAAAGAUGGACGCCUGCUUUUCGGCCAAGUGCCUAUGGUUGAAAUUGACGGAAUGGUGCUCACGCAGACCAGAGCCAUCCUCAGCUACCUUGCUGCCAAGUACGACUUGUAUGGAAAAGACCUGAAGGAGACAGUCAGGAUCAACAUGUACACGGAUGGCACCCUGGACCUCAUGCUAAUGAUCGCGGUGGCUGCGUUCAAACCCCCCGCGGAAAAAGAGGAGAGUCUUGCUUUAGUCGUGAAGAGAGCGAAAACUCGUUACUUCCCCGUCUUCGAGAAGAUUUUGAAAGACCAUGGAGAGGAUUUUCUCGUUGGCAACAAAUUCAGUUGGGCAGACAUACAACUGUUAGAAGCGAUUUUAAUGGUGGAAGAACUUGAUGCUUCUGUACUUUCUGAAUUCCCUCUGCUAAAGGCAUUUAAAACAAGAAUCAGCAACAUCCCUACGAUUAAGAAGUUCCUGCAACCUGGGAGUCAGAGAAAGCCACCCCCAGAUAGCCACUACGUGGAAGUGGUCAGAAGCGUCCUGCACUUCUAAUGGCAGCUGGUCUUACCCUGGUCAACAGCGACGAUCCUUCCGGUCACAGCGUCAGUACGGGCUGCCCAGUGAAGCGAAUUGUAGAAUCUAGGAGUAAAGUGUCUGCAAAGAACAAAACCAUACAGCCAUGAAAGAACAAACACCAAUUAAAUGCAAUACAAAACCA